UGCCCCUCGGGGAAGGCGGCGAGCGCCGUGGCGAGGGGGGGCCGCCGGCUGCUCGGUGAGGCUGGGCGCGGAGAUGGCGGGCGCAGGCACCGCGGCGGUGCCCGAGGGACGAACUCGUCCGGCCGUUGGGGGAGCGGCCGUUGGGGGAGUCCCCGCCCCGCGCGCGGCGCCUCAGCGCCCCUCGCAACGGCCGCCCGCCCCCGCCCACACACGGGCGCCGCCGGGGCACCGGGAGGGGAGGGGCGGGGCGAGCCGCUCGGUUGCAGCCGCCUCGCUGCGCGCCGCCGUCGGGCUGCGGGGCGCGAGUAGCCCCCCGCGGCGGCCGCUUCCGUCAGGCGGCGACCCCGCGCCGCGCCGCGUCCCCCCCGGAGGGGUCACCGGUCCGCCCGGGCGCGGAAAAAGGGAAGGCGUGCGCCUUUAAGGGAGGCUCCGCCUCCGCGCUAGCUCCCGCCCCUUGCCGCGCGCCAGGCCAGUAGGAGCGGGCGAGAGAGGAAGGCGGGAGAAUGCGAACCCCUCGCAGAGCUGCUAGCCGCUCCUUAUAAGGGCAGGGCCUCGCGCAUGCGCGGAGCCUGGCGGCCAGGGGCGGGGGCUCCGAGUGGGUUUUGCUUCGGCGGCGGCACCGCGGCGGGAAGGGGCGCGGGACCCCGCGGAGGGACAGCCCGGCCCGGCGAGGCGCUCGCCCCUCACCGCCCCCCGCGGCGCCUCGGCGCCGCCCGCGCAAGCUCGGCCCCCUGCGGGCAGAGGGGCGGCGGUCGGCGGCAGGAGGGAGCGGAGCGGGGCCGCCGCGGGGACCCCGCGCCCGGUGCGGGCGGCGCGGCGGCGGCGGCGGAUGUGCUGCUGGCGCGGGGGGAUGAUGCUGGCGGGGCCGCAGCUGGUGGCGGGGCCGGCGGCGCCGGGCGGGGAGCGGGCCCGGCUGCUCUCGCUCUACGUGCAGGACUACCUGGAGUGCGUGGAGUCGCUGCCGCUGGACAUUCAGCGCAACGCCUCGCUGCUGCGGGAGAUGGACACGCAGUGCCAAGAAGCGCUAAAAGAAAUAGAUGAUGUCUAUGAAAAAUACAAGUCUGAAAAUGAUCCUGUUCAGAAGAAACGCUUGCAGCAGCAUCUUCAGCGUGCAUUAAUCAACAGCCAAGAACUUGGAGAUGAAAAAAUUCAAAUAGUUACUCAGAUGCUAGAACUGGUAGAGAAUAGAGCCCGGCAAAUGGAAACACACUCUCAGUGUUUUCAAGAUCUGUCUGAGAACGAAAAGCCUCUAGAAAAGGCAAAGAUGGAGUCCUGCCAGCCAGAGAGAUCUUCACGUAGACCUCGUCGCCAGCGAACCAGCGAAAGCCGUGAUCUGUGCCAUAUAGCAAAUGGUAUUGAUGACUGCGAUGAUCAGCCACCUAAAGAAAAAAGAUCUAAAUCUUCUAAGAAGAAAAAACGCUCCAAAGCCAAACAAGAGAGAGAGGUUUCACCUGUAGAAUUUGCAAUUGAUCCUAAUGAACCAACUUACUGCUUAUGCAACCAAGUGUCUUACGGCGAAAUGAUAGGAUGUGAUAAUGAACAGUGUCCUAUCGAGUGGUUCCACUUUUCGUGUGUUGGACUCACCUACAAACCAAAGGGGAAAUGGUAUUGCCCCAAGUGCAGAGGAGACAAUGAGAAAACGAUGGACAAAUGUACUGACAAAUCAAAAAAGGAUAGAAGAUCGAGGUAGUGAAAGCAAUUCAUGUUUUAAAGAGUUGCUCCUUUUAUAUUAAAAUGUUUAAUUUCCAGAGAACGCUGUUUUAGGAAAUGCAUAAGACUAUGCAAUAAUUUUUAAUCUAUAAUAUUAAUGGAGUAUUAAAAGCUGUUAUACCUUCUGUGAUCUUUAACUUUCUGCACUGAAUAACCAAAUAAUUGAAACAGGGUGGCUUCAGACUUUCACAGAAGACAUUACAACAUAUGGCGCUUGGUUUCAAUUUAACCCCAUUAGUAUUUUAAAGAACCUUGUGAAUCUUGAAAUAAUGGUGGUGGGAAAGAUACUGAAGAACUUUUCAUGUUAUGGGAAAGGCAUUGAAAGGCCUCACGUAACUGCUAGAAUCUUAACAACUGAAUUUGUUCUUUAUCCCAGGUCCUAAGUUUUCAGUUUUUGUGUUAACAUCACACAUUUGGAAUUAGGGGUUUUGAAUUCAGCUGUAACUGUAAAAGUCUUCCGAGCUAAAAGCAGACCUCUUCAGUGACUUUCAUAUGACCAGUAUGUUAUUUCAAGGAAGAAAAUACUACUAACUUAAACUUUUUUUUUUUGUCAAUAUUAAACUCUUGUCUUUGUGACUUUA